AUUAAAAAAUAAAAUAAAAUAAAUUAAAAAAAUAAAUAAAACGCUCACCAUCAGUUCGACUUGCUUCUCGACCGCAGUCUACCGUAGCUUGUAGUGGCGAGAGGAACGGUCAGUCUCUCAGAACCUGAAGGUCGCGUCAACAAGUAGCUGCGUUAGUCUGGCGUUGUUUUGAGUGUACUAAGGUGCUGAGUGCGUCAAGUAAAACAUUUCAAGAAAAAAAUAUUCUGAUUAUUGGGAGCACACACUCCUCAUGAUAAACAUGACCUGCGAAUUACAUGAAGCUCAAGAACUGCAGGAACUGCAACAAAAAGUUGCUGAAAAAGAUGAACAGGAUGAACCUCGGGCAGAGCGUCGUUUACGACUGGUAAAGCAGGAAGGGGCAGCAGCAUGCCGAUGUGCCAGUGAUAGCAGGCAAGGUGUCAAAGGUACUGAUAGUGACACUGGCUUAUGUGGCUCUUGGAGCAAGUAUCACCUGGCCUUCCCCUGCCGUGUCCAGCAUUGAAAAGGACAACUCCACCCUUGUUGGCACAGAAAUUGUCCUUACUGCAGCUGAGAAGGACAUGACAGGUAGCCUGAUGUAUCUGGGUUCACUAUUUGGUGCGUGGAUUGGAGGCUGGGUGGUGAGCAAAAUUGGGCGACGCCUGUCACUACAGCUGUUGGGUCUACCUUUCAUAACAGGCUGGAUCAUAUCAGGACUUGCCUCAAACACUGCUGUUCUUCUUAUUGGGAGGUUGAUCCAUGGAAUAUCCAGCGGGUGCUUGACUAUUGCUGGGUAUGCCUACAUAGUGGAAUUAUCCGAUACCAAUAUUCGGGGCAUGAUGGCAACCCUACCCACCCUCGGCAUUGUGCUGGGCAAUUUGUACACUGUUGCCAUUGGUUACACCCUUCCCUGGCACUACCUCUGCUUUGUGGGUGCCAUUCCUGCUGUAGUGUUUGCAGCAGCUUCCUUCAUUCUACCCAAGUCACCAUCAUACCUUGUGAUUCAGGGAAGGCGCCAGGAGGCCCUCUCUCUCUUAAAGGACUUGAGGGGAAACCAUGUCAACAUCGAAGCUGAAGUGACACAGCUGGAGCAUAUGAAUUCCAGUAGCAGCAGUGGGUGGAAAGGCCUCCUGAACAAGGAGACUCUGCGUCGAAUAACUGUUGUAGUGACAACUUUUUUCUUGAGCCAGAUGUGUGGUAAUUUUGUCAUGAUGAUAUAUACAGCUCGAAUCAUGCAGAACACAGGGGCACCCAUGGAUCCUGACGCCAUUACAGCCAUUGCUGGAGUCCUACGAGUGGCAGGAACCCUAGCAGCUGUCUUUCUGCUGGACAGGUUGGGACGGCGGUACUGUCUCCUUGUCUCACAUGCUAUCAACGCAUUUUGCAUGAUCAUCCUUGGCACUUACAUUCACUUGGCUGAAGCUGCAACCCCAGAUGAUGACACUUUCUCCAAGCUCUCGUGGGUGCCAAUGGUGUGUGUGAUGGUAUCUCUCUUCUUCUGUGACAUAGGAGUCCAUCCCAUACCUUUCAUUAUCUCAUCAGAAUAUUUCCCUACCAACAUCCGUGCUCAGGCAUCAUCAGUGUGUUUCUCUGGAGGCACCAUCAUCAUCUUUGUUGUGCUGCAGCUCUACAGUCCUCUGCUGACUCUCCUCACCCAGCCCGGGCUCUACUGGCUCUAUGGUUGCACCAGUGUCGUGGGUGUCUUCUUUGCUUUAUUUGUCAUCAUAGAAACUAAGGGAAAGUCUGUAGGUUAAAAGGCAGGAGAGGGCUUAGGGAUGUGCAAUCAUAAGAACAUAAGAAAAUUAGGGAAGCUGCAAGAAGCCACCAGGCCUACACAUGGCAGUCCCAGUAUGAACCAUACCUACUUAUUUCUACCUAUUAUCCCCAUCCAUGAAUUUGUCUAAUCUUGUUUUAAAGCUCCCUAAUGACUCAGCACUAACAACCUGAUUACUGAGUCUGUUCCAUUUAUCAACCACUCUAUUUGAGAACCAAUUCCUUCCUAUCUCUUUCUUGAACCUAAAUUUUUUAAGUCUGAAACUGUUAUUUCUUGUUCUAUCCUGAUUCCUGAUCCUGAGAAUUUUGCUUACAUCCUCUUUGUUGUAAUCCCGAUACUACUUAAAGAUUUCUAUCAGGUCCCCUAAUAGAGCUGAAAAACUUGGAUAAGAAGCUCCACUAAAAACUUAAUUUCUCAAAGAGUGAUGAUAUUAUACUAUACUAAAGCUACAUCAUCACAGUGCCACUGCAUAUGACUUUUCUAUGCUACUUUAGAAAGGUAUACAUUCGUAAAAAAGUUUAGCAAUUGGAAAUGUUCUUUACAAUAUUUAGGUACUGCUAGUGUAACUUAUUACUACCAUCUGCUAAAUAUUACAUUGUAUUCCAAGUUUUCUCUAUCCUUCUGCUUACUGAACAAACCAUUAGUGCAGUUCACCAGGGUCUUGAAGAUCAUGUACUAGACUCUUGACUACCAAUCAUACCGUCCCAAAGAGCUUAUAGCUCAAGAUAAAUCAUAAUGUGUGUGUGUGUGUGUGUGUGUGUGUGUGUGUUUACUUAGUUGUAUUUACCUAGUUGUGACAUACAGGAAAAGAGCGAUGCUCAUGCUGUCACGUCUCCAUAUCUAUUUUCAUCUAACUUCAUCUUAAAAUCAUUUAUUGUAUUUGUAUCAAUGACUUCUCUGUCCAAAUCAUUCCAGAUCUCCACAAUUCUAUGUGGGAAGCUAUUUUUCUUAACAUCUCUUCUACAAGCAUCUUUUUUCAGUUUUCUGCCAUAUCUCCUUGAGCCUCUUGUAUCCCACAUCACCAAGUCUUUCCUAUCUAAGUUUUCCAUUCCAGCCAUCACUCUGUACAGUGUGAUCAUAUCACUUCUCUCUCUUCUUUGUUUCAGUGCCAUAAGACCCAAUUUCAACAAGUCUUUCUUCUUACAGUAGAUCCUUCAAACUUGGAGAUAACUUUGUUGCUGCUCUUUGUAUUCCUUCCAAUUUUCUUAUAGAUUUCUUAGCGCUAGGUGACCAUACCACAGCUGCAUGCUCCAAUCUUGGGUGUAUCAUGGUCACAAACAAUUUUUUUUUUAUUUCUUCAUCCAAAUACGUAAAUGCUGUCCUUAUGUUUCUCAGUAGGUUAUAUGUUUCACCUCUAAUCUUGUUUAUGUGUUUCUCUGAUGGCAGCUUAUCAGUAAUAAUUACAACCAAGGUCUCUUUCUUCUGAUCUUUUGCUGAUUCUCUCAUUCCCCCAUUGAAUAAUCUCCCAUUUGUCUCUUGUCACUCUUGCCAAAUUCUAUCACAAUGCAUUUCUUUGCAUUAAAUUCCAUCUGUCACUUUUGGCUCCACUUCCAGAUCUUGUUUAGGUCCCAUUGAAGUGCUAUGCAAUCUUCCUCUUUUUCUAUUUUUCUCAAUUUUGUAUCAUCAGCAAAUAAGCUAAUGUAGUUGGUUAUUUCUUCUGGCAUAUCAUUAAUGUACACAGCAAACACAGAACCCUGAGGAACCCCACUUCAAACUUUCUUCCAGGGUGACCUUUGAUCUUUAAAUAUUGUUCUCAUCUCUCUAUCUUCCACAAAAUUCUCCAUCCACUUUAACAGCCAUUCUUGCAAUCCUCCAAACACCUUCAGCUUCCAUAACAACCUCCUCUACAGUACUUUGUCAAAUGCUUUAUUGAGGUCCAAAUAAAUACAGUAUGCCUAACCAUCUCUCUCCUGCACAAUGUCUAUAACUCAUGAACAGAAAUUCAAGAGAUUUGUAGUAAAUGAUCUUCCUCUUCAAAAAACAAAUUGUCUGUUUGUCAACACACUGUUUUAUUCCAAAUACCUGACCCAUUUGUCUGUUAUAACUUUUACAUAACCUAGCCACCACACUUGUUAAUGACACUGGUCUGUAGUUUGAGGGGACAUCCUUAUUUCCCUCUUUUAAUGAAUGUAUUAUGAUUCUGUGGAUCUUUUAAGCCAACUGCUGACUAUGCUCCUUUAAAAUCCAAUUAGAUACUCCAUUUGGGCCUGUUGCUUUCCUUACUUCUUGAUCCUUCAUUAUCUUCUUCACCUCCUGCACCAUAACAUUUAUUCCACUCAACCCUGCAUCAAUCAUCUCUACAUCCUCCUGCUCCUGAAAACCACUCUCUCUUGUAAAAACCUUCUGGAAACAGUUAUCCAUCACAUCACCCAUCCUUCCUGCCUCUUCAUAUAUCACUCCAUCAACUAGUAGUUUAUUUACUCUAACUUUGUUCUUCCCAUUGACAUAUCGGUAAAAUAGUUUUGGUUGGUCUUUGCAUUUAUUUGUCUAUGAUGUUCUUUUCAUAAUUUCUUUUCUCCUCCCUGUGUAUUAGUACAUAUUUAUUCUUCUCUUCCAUGUGUGUGUGUGUGUGUGUGUGUGUGUGUGUGUGUGUGUGUGUGUGUGUGUGUGUGUGUGUGUGUGUGUGUGUGUGUGUGUAGGUUAUUGUACUUAUUUGUAAUUUGCUGGGCAUAGCCAAACUCAUGCGGUCUUCCAUCCUUAUCUAUAGUUAUCACAUUUUCUUACAAUUUUUGCAAAUUCCUUUCUGAUAUUAACCUUUCAUUCCAAACUUCUCACUGUCAUGGAGUAAUAUACAUACUGUUACAAAACCGGUAGGAUUUUACCUGUCCUGCCACUAACACUACCCAUGUGUCACUUCUUGUCAGGAUAUUGGCUAUUAUCACUGUGUUUUUUAUUUACCAAGUCACAUGAACCCAGUGUCCAGGAGCUUCAUGGGUUUAUCAAGCUCUUACACAAUGAUAGGCAGGCAAAGGCAGAUGUUGGCAGGGAAAAUCACAGUGAAUCCUCUCUGUGUUUAUUGAACACGUGUGUGUGUGUGUGUGUGUGUGUGUGUGUGUGUGUGAUUCACCCAGCCAGCCAUUCCCCUACGGAAAGAGCUCAGAGCUCAUAGUGACCAAUCUUCAGGUAGGACUGAGAUCACUAACUCACCGCACACUGGGACAGCAAGGUCACAACCCCUCAGGUUACAUUCCAUACCAACUUGCUGCUAGGCAAACAGGGGCUACACAUUAAGAGUCUCGCCCAUUUGCCUCACCGCGCCCGGGAUUCAAACCCAGGCCUUCUUGGUUGUAAGCCGAGCAUGCUAACCAUUACACUAUGCAGUGUGUGUGUGUGUGUGUAUGUAUUUACCUAGUUGUAUUUACCUAGUUGUAUAGUACAGGGUCUGAGCCAAAGCUCAAUUAGUCCUGUCUCCAUACCCGAAUUUGUCCAAUCUCUCUUUAAACAUGUGCACACUCUUUGCCGCAACCACCUCUUCUUUUAAGUUAUUCCAUAUUUCAACCAUUCGAUGCGGAAAGCUGUAUUUCUUAAUAUCUCCCAAACAAUGACUCUUCUUUAAUUUCUUCAUAUGUCCCCUUGUACGUCUAUCUCCUUCCUCCACUUUUACAACUAGGUCAUCUCUGUCUAUCUUCUCCUUGCCAUUUACUAAUUUGAACAUUGUUAUCAGGUCUCCUCUUUCCCUUCUUUCUUGCAGUGUUGGUAAUCCAAUUUCUUCCAGUCUUUCCUCGUAACUUAGGUCUUCCAAUUCAGGUAUCAUUUUCGUAGCUGUUCUUUGUAUUCUUUCCAAUUUCCUUAUAUCUUUCUUCUUGUGUGGAGACCAUACCACUGCUGCGUAUUCCAGUUUGGGGCAUAUCAUGUGUGUUAUGAUUUUCUUCAUCAUUUCUUUGUCUAGGUAAUUAAAUGCCACCCUGAUAUUUGCUAGCAAAUUAUAUGUAGAGCCAAAUAUUCCAUUGAUGUGUUUUUCUGGUGAUAGCGUGUCUUGAAUUAUUACUCCCAAGUCUUUUUCUUCUUUGCUCUUUGGUAUUGUGACUCCUCCCAUCUUAUACUCCCAUGAAGGUCUCCUUUUACUUCUUCCCAUCUCCAUUACAUGGCACUUCUUUAUAUUGAAUUCUAAUUUCCAUCGUUUACUCCAUUCAUAAAUUCUAUCAAUAUCCCUCUGUAGUUCCUCACAAUCCUCUUGGUUCUUUAUUACUUUCAUCAAUUUUGCAUCAUCUGCAAACAUGUUAAUGUAGCUAUUUAAACCCACCGUCAUAUCAUUUAUAUAGACCUGAAACAUUAUAGGUGCCAACACAGACCCUUGUGGUACUCCGCUUGUUACUUCGCACCAACUUGAUUUAUUAUCUCUGAUUACUGUACUCAUUUCCCUACUUUGGAGAUAAUCCUUCAUCCACUUAAGUAUUUUUCCUUUUAGCCCUCCUCGAUGUUCCAGUUUCUAUAUGAGACUUUUAUGUGGAACUGUAUCAAAAGCUUUUUUCAGAUCUAAAUAGACUGCAUCAACCCAACCAUCUCUCUCUUGUAGUUUAUCUAUUACUCUUGUAUAAAAGCUCAGUAAGUUUGUUACGCAAGAUCUCUCUUUCCUGAAACCGAAUUGUUUUUCUGUUAUUAUAUUUUCUUGUUCAAGAUAUUGCACCCAUCUGUUUUUAAUAACUAUUUCACAGAGUUUACUUAAAAUACUCGUGAGUGAGACUGGUCUGUAAUUCAGUGGUUCCAUUUUAUUACCUCCUUUGUAUAACGGUACUAUAUUUGCUCUCUUCCAUUCCUUUGGUACUUUUCCCUCCUUCAAAGAACUGUUAAUUAUCUCCCAUAUUGGUUCUUCCAAUUCCUCUCUACAUUCUUUCAAUAUCCAUCCAUUUACUUCGUCUGGUCCCAUGUGUGUGUGUGUGUGUGUGUGUGUGUGUUUACCUCUCUCUCUCUCUCUCUCUCUCUCUCUCUCUCUCUCUCUCUCUGUGAAAGUAAGAACAAUCCUAAGGAUUGCUAAAUAGAAUGAGAGUGAUUGAAAAUUAAAUAGAAUUACACAUACAAGUGAGAGAGUGAGAAAGGAUAAAGUGAAAAUGACAUAAAAUAAAUGAGAGAGAGAGAGAGAGAGAGAGAGAGAGAGAGAGAGAGAGAGAGAGAGAGAGAGAGAGAGAGAGAGAGAGAGAGAGAGAGAGAGAGAGAGAGAGAGCAGCUUGUCCCUUAUCUCAAACAGAUAAGGGGGAGGGGAGGUGACAGGAAGGUUUGAGACAAGAUGAAAGAAAGGAGAGGAGAGGAAAAAAAGGAAGGGACAAGCAGUGGAUAGGUGAGCAGUGGCUCACACAGAUGGUGAGUUAGUCUUGCGAAUUUUUUUUAGUUUGUUAUUCCGAUUAAAUUUUUAUCAAAAUUUCAGUGCUUGCACAAGUUCGUCUUGCCAGUUUUGGUUCAUUAUUCCAAUUGAAUUUUUCCUGAAAUUCCAAUGCUUGCACAUGUGGCAAGUUUUUUAUGCCAGUUUUGGUUAAUUAUUCCUUUUAAAUAUUUAUUAAAGUUUCAGUGUUUUGUUGCAGUUGUACAUUAUAACAGCUGUGUAUUGUCGUGUAACCUACCGUAUAUAUGCCACCUAUUAGUGGCAAUACAAAUGCCUUUUUAAGCAGCCUAAUGAAUAUUCUAACACUGAUAAAUGACAGGAAGUUUGAAGGUUCAGGGAGAUUUCAACUCAGAUUUACUGUCUUACAAUAUUGAUUCUCUCUAUUCCCAUUAAUCACAAUACCUAUCUAAAUUCACUAACAAUACUGCAACUCUGAGAGACCCCAUACAGAGUACACAGGUGGCCUUAGAAUCUAAUGUCCAUAAACUCAUAAUUGUAACUGAUAUAUCUGAUCUUUCCCAAAUAACUUCUCAAUCUGAAUUUAAUAUCCUCAAUGAAGGCACAUCAAAGUACAGGGAUUAGAAUUUACACUAAGACACCUUUAGAAAAUUCUGCAAUGAACUUAUCAAACAAGAUUGGAAUUAUGUUCUACAAAAGUAAAAGUAAAUAUGCAAAUAAAUCAUAUAAUAUUUUUUCACUGAAUUCUUUACUACUCAUAUAUAAAAAAAAAAAAAAUUCCAGUAAAGAAACUUUAUGUAUUUUCUAAAAGUGACAUCAUCCUCUACAUCAUAUCAGCCAUUAAAACAGCAUCAAUGAGAGACAUAGAUGAGAAAGACCAAAGGAACAAAAAAAUUACUCCCAACUCAUGGAAAAAAAUUACCCAAAAUACAGAAAUAAAUUGACCUUCAUAAUGACAGUCAAAAAAUUAAUAUUACAAAGAUCAAUUGAAAUCUAAUCAGAAUUCCAAGUCACAGUGGAAAACAUUAAAAUCUCAGGUCUUCCAUUACAAGCACCAAACAUUAGAUAGAGUCAAUGGCAUUAUGUGCUGACAGAUAAGAUAAAAUCAUGGAUUUCAUCUGAUCUCAGAAAUACCACAUCAACAGGAAAUGUUAGAGAUAAUUAUACAAAAUACUUAUCUAAGUCCCCUAACUUAUCUGUAUUUAAAGCCAAUGAAUUGAAAAGAAAUUGUAAACACUACGAAUAAAGGUAACUGAAAUCUGCUCCUUCCAUAGUGGACAAUAUAUCUUGUCUUACAAUAUACCUCAUCUCAACAGCACAAUAAUUGAAAUCAAAACCUCCAACCAAUGAUACCUUUUUAGCAUGUUUAAUUACCAAUUCCAAGCUCUUUAAUUCAUAUUUUAAAAAAUGUUCAUGUUCUUCUCUUGUUCAGUUAUUUGUCAUAAGAAAGACACAAGAAACCAGUUUCUGGAUAACUGUUUUUUCUUUAUCUGUAUACAAAUUACUUCUACUUUUCCUUCACCAAAUUCCUCUUCAGAAUCAACCAUGAUCAUCCCUCCAUUUUUUUUUUUUUUUUUAACCAUUUCUGUCCUUUCGCUUAUGUUCAACUUUUCCUUUACAAAUAUCUGGAUUUCUUUUGGUUUAUACUUUGGUUUCUGUUAGUCAUACAAUUUCAGAUUUUUUAUUUCCCAAAUAUUAACUUGUUUAGUAUAUUUGUGUAUAUUAUCUUCAACUCAUCAAUCAUUUUCUUUUAUCCCAUGGUUUCUUGUUUUUUUUCUUAUAUUUGUUUCUUAAAUACCAUCUCAUGCAUUCCUUCCUGUAACUUUUUUUUCUAAGUCAGUUCUUGCCAAAGGAAAAAAAAAUGUCUAGAAAAAAAAUGGCUAGAAAAAAAAAAACCUAACAGAAAGUGCCAGACCAUAGUGAGUAAAGUCAAAAGGAAUAUCCAAAAUUAUGAGGAGAGAUUUCUUGAAACUUCCCUCUUGAAAGAGUUUAAGUCAUAGGCAGUGGAAAAUACAGAAACAGGUAUAGAGUUCCAGUUUACCAAUAAAAGGGAUGAAAGACUGGUUAACUCUUGCAUGAAGGAGAUGGAUAGAAUAGGGGUGAGAGAAAUUGUAAGGCCACAGGAAGGGGGAAGGCAUGAAGUUAGCAUUAUCAAAAGAGCAGUUAGCAUGAAAGUAGUGGUAGAAGAUGGCAUGAGAUGCAACCUUGUGGCAAAAAGACUGAAGACAACAUUAAAUGCAUUCAAUUCCAACCUGUUCAAGAGAGCUGUAUGAGCGGAACCCCCCCAAUGUGUGUUUGAAGCUUACCCCAUACACAAGUGGAUAAGGCUCCUGUACAGAGCUAGCAAUUCGAGUGAAAAAAAUCUGGCAGAGACAACUUUGUAAGUUUCUGUUUCUUUCAAAAGGCUCUUGCCAUAAUUUCCCUGAGUAUAAGUGUAUGCACAUACAUUGGCAGCAAGUAUUAUAUUACUGAACUAUCAUGUUGUAGAGCCGUCACCCUAUUGUCCAAAGUUGGCCAACCAUCCAGCUGGCAAAACUCAUCAUCAUAUCUCACUGACAAGAGGAGUGUGUUACCAGAUUAUGAAAGCUGGCUAUACUGGCUAUACUCUUAUUUCAAAGUAAUCCUUCUCCAGUAAUAGAACCAGAUGUGAUUCAUUCUCUCUAUUUAAAAGGUUGCCAGUUGGAAAUUGAUUACCCCACUAAUAAUAAUCUCUCAUAUAUUGAAUAGGACCAACAAAUUUCUCUUGAAUAGAAAAGUUUUCAAUAAUUUUGUUAUUUGAACUUGGAACCAUUGCUGUACAUUAAUUUUCCUCUGAUUUUUAAUUCAAUCAAUAUAAUGCAAUGUAGGUAUCUUAGUAAAGUUUCUUUAGAAUUAUGCUCAAUGUAACAACUUGCUCAACACAGACCAGCAUGGUUUUAGACCCAUUAGAUCUCCUGAGGGACCGUUAGGUCCCUCUUCUAGUUUAACCAGUGCUCAAAUGUUGACAUAUCUUUUUUUUUAUUUCUAAGACCUUUGACAAAAUGCACAAUUCUGUUAUAUCUGAUUAUUUUUAUAAGCAUGGGAUCAGGGACAAACUGAUGCUCUGAAGUCAAGAAUUUGACUGAUAAGAGAUAUUAGUGAUGGUCAACAUUCAGCAUGGGAUUAGGUUUUCAACAUCUCAGCUGACCCAUGAAUGUGUGAUGUGUUUUAUAUUCCUGUCCACAUGCUCAACUACCUAUUAAUCUGUGGUGGGCAGUCACUUUGGCACAGCAAUACAGUUUGUCACCAAUUUUCACUUCACCCAUUGUAUCCUAUAGUUAUUAUAUGAAGUACCUAAAUGUAAUGUAUGAAAUAUUCAGACAUUAGGAUUUAGCAUUAGGAUUAGGAUUAGCAUUUAAGAAAAUCUGAUCACUGGUUGUCUGUAAAUUAUAGUGUUAACCACAUUUUGUGAGAGAAAAUUAGCAUGUUAAAGUAUUUUUCAUCAUGCACUUGUUAAGCUCAUGAUGGCUUGUCUUUUGUUGUGUCCAAUCUUUGAAUAAUACUACUGUUCUAGCACCAUCUAAUGUUUGACAUUGACAGGCCAUAAUACAUUUUUUUUUUUUUUUUACUCAAGUUUCACAAGCUCAUGGCUAAUAUAGUUCAUAAACCUGAUAUAACUGCUGAACCAUCAAGACUGGCUGAUAACCUGAUGAUGCUGCACCAGCCAGUCAGUUACAAGCACUGACCAUAAAUUCAGCCUUUAUUUUUCAAAACCUUCCAUUUGUUUUCUGCAGUCUAAUCUGUGUACACACAACAGCUGUCAAACAUUUGUAAGAGACAGGUGAUAAUUGAUUACUUUCUGCACAAUAAGACAGCAUCCCACUAUUGCCUGAUGUAGUUGUGCUGGCUUACCCAGUCACAUAUUAAGAACUGCCAAAUAUGUAGAUGAUGACCAGUAACUAACAAAAACAACCAGUCAACCAAA